AACCUCGUUUUCAAUUUCAGAUCAACGCGGCAUCGUGUCUCCUAGCGUAGUGGAACAUACGUCACACGUAUCGGUAUCGCAGGACGAGGGGGCUGUACUACUUUGUGUAGCCCAAGGCUGCCCAUCGCCAGAAUAUCGAUGGUACACCCACAACGGUCCGGAACCGAUUCCCGUCUCAUCCGGGCCACGGAUACGACUGCUCGGGCCCGUCCUAGCCAUCGAAGCCGUAACGACCGAGGACGGCGGUGUGUACAAGUGUUCCGCCUCGAAUGCCGGCGGUGAAGCCAGUGCCGAUUUGCGGCUAACGGUGUCGACGCCGAUCCACGUUGAGAUAUCGCCAAACGUGCUAAGUGUUCACAUGGGUGGAAUGGCCGAGUUCCGCUGUUUGGUCACGGCCAACGGGAUGACGGCCGGACCGCAGCACAUCACCUGGUUCAAGGAUGGCCGCCAGCUGCCCAGUUCGGGCAGGGUGGGCGACACGCUGCAAGUGACCGGUGUCACCAAGGAGGACAAGGGCAUGUACCAGUGCGUCGUUCGGCGGCAGGAGGGCGACUCGUUCCAGGCGUCCGCCGAACUGCAGCUUGGUGAUGCCCCGCCAUCGCUGGUGUACAGCUUUAUCGAGCAGACCCUUCAACCGGGACCGGCCGUAUCGCUCAAGUGUUCCGCCCAGGGAAAUCCAACGCCGCAUAUCUCGUGGACGCUUGAUGGGUUUCCGCUGCCAACCAAUGGAAGGUUUAUGAUUGGCCACUACGUAACCGUGCACGGGGAUGUGAUAGCUCACGUGAACAUAAGCCACGUCAUGGUCGAGGAUGGAGGCGAGUAUUCGUGCAUAGCGGAGAACCGAGCUGGAAAAACGUCCCAUUCGGCACGAUUGAACAUCUAUGGGCUGCCGUACAUUAGACUGAUACCCAAGGUGACCGCAGUGGCCGGGCAAACGCUGUACCUGAAAUGCCCGGUCGCGGGUUAUCCCAUCGAGGAGAUCCACUGGGAACGGGGCGGACGGGAACUGCCGGAAGAUAUGCGCCAGAAGGUGCAAACCGAUGGAACGCUCGAGAUCAAAGAGGUGCAAAAGUCCAUGGAUUCGGGCGUGUACACGUGCUGGGCUCGAAAUAAACAGGGCCACAGUGCCAGACGGAGCGGUGAAGUAACUGUGAUAGUUCCUCCCAAUAUCGAGCCUUUCUCCUUCCAAGACGGCCUGGCCGAGGGCAUGCGAACGCGAACCGUAUGCGGCGUGUCCAAGGGCGACCAGCCAAUGUCUUUCAAGUGGCUCAAGGACGGCGACCCGCUGUCCUCCAUGCUCGGUGCCAACGUGUCCACUCUCGAUCAGUAUUCGUCCCUCCUCAAUAUUCCCUCCCUCUCAGCGGCACACUCCGGUGAUUACACGUGCGUCGCCAGCAAUCCAGCGGCCGAGGUGAAGUUCACUGCGUCGUUACAGGUAAAAGUUCCGCCUCGUUGGAUUGUUGAACCGAUCGACGUGAGUGUGGAGCGAAACCGCCACAUUACGCUGCACUGCCAGGCCCAGGGAGUCCCCACGCCGACCAUCCAGUGGAAGAAAGCAACAGGGAGCAAAUCGGGCGACUAUGAAGAGGUUAGGGAAAGAGCGUACACCAAGCUACUGACGAACGGUUCCCUGCUGCUGCAGCACGUGAAGGAAGAUCGAGAGGGGUUCUACCUCUGCCAGGCUCACAACGGAAUUGGAACUGGAAUUGGGAAGGUUAUCCAGCUGAAAGUGAACUCAUCGCCCUAUUUCUCGGGACAAUCCAAAAUGGUAACGGUCAAGAAGGGAGACACGGCAAUCAUGCAGUGUGAAGUCAAAGGCGAUAAGCCCAUUAACGUGGUUUGGUUACGAAAUGGUAAGGUCGAACUGAAUCCCUCCAACAACUAUCGAGUAUCGAUCAAGCAAGAUGCGACGCCGGAGGGGAUACACGCCGAAGUCCAAAUAUCCAGCGUGGAAAGUAGCGACAGCGGAGCCUACUUCUGUCAGGCCAGCAAUCUGUACGGUCGAGAUCAACAGUUGGUACAACUGCAGGUUCAAGAGCCGCCACAACCUCCUUCUUCGCUGGAAACUACCAUGAUCUCGAGCCGCUCGGUGAACCUGAAGUGGCAUCCACGGGGCGGCGACGCUGCCGAAGUGACCAAAUACAUUGUAGAAUAUCGAGAAAUCGACCGACAAUGGAUGUACAUGGAACUAGACCCACCGAAAUACGCAGCAAGUAUCGAAAACUUGAAACCUGCCACCAACUACGUAUUCAGAGUCAUAGCUGAGGGCCCUGCUGGACGUAGUGCCCCAAGUCAAGAGCUAUUCAUCAAAACCGAACCUCAAAGACCAGCCGGGGCACCACUGAAUCUCUCAGCUAGACCAAUCUCCUCUACGGAAAUUCUUAUCAACUGGAUGCCACCUACCUACGAGCUUAGACACGGCGAAAUUCAAGGAUACAGUAUUGGUUUCCGAUCGAUGCACACCAAUUCAAACAACUAUAAUUACACCUCUGUAUCAGGGGACGGCGAAGAUGGCACUGGAGAGCUACUACUUGGAAAUCUCGCCAAAUACACUCGUUACACGAUAGUAGCAUCAGCGUUCAACCAAGUAGGAUCUGGCCCUCAAUCGGAACCAGUAACUGCGCAAACAAUGGAAGACGUACCAAGCAAACCACCUGAAGACAUACGGUGUUCAUCAACUAGUUCAACCUCCAUAAAAGUAUCAUGGCAACCACCACCUCAACAGCACAUGAAUGGUCUUCUGCAAGGAUACACAGUGUUCUAUGAAUCCGUUUCCGAAGAAUCCAUUAGCAAUGGAGACAUGGAAACACGCAAAACUAGUUCCCUCAUAGCAUCUCUGACUAGUCUCCGAAAAUUCUCGAAUUACAGCGUUCAAGUACUCGCCUAUACUCGAAUGGGCGAUGGAGUGAUAUCACCUCCAGUUUUCUGUCAAACAGAAGAAGAUGCUCCGGAAGCUCCAUCCGAUAUCAAGAUAGCUAUAAGCUCACCAUCUUCACUAUACGUAUCAUGGCUACCACCUAACGAGCCAAACGGAAUCAUCACACGGUACAAUCUUUACAUGCGCGCAGUCAACGGGCGCGAAGAAAUUAGUAACGAUAAACGUAAUCUACUGCCCCAUCAGCACUACUUCGAAGCAAAGCAGCUUCAAGGCCAUACCGAGUACCAGUUCUGGGUGUCGGCUUCAACUAGCAUCGGCGAAGGUAAAAGCACCAGAGUAGUAUCGCAAAUGACUUCCGGUCGAAUACCGGCCAAGAUCGUCUCCUUCGGAGGUUUGACAAUCAGACCGUGGAAAACGUCGGCUUCGCUCAAUUGCAUGGCAGUGGGACAACCGCGGCGAGAGUGGUUCAAAGGGGACGUCCUGCUACGUUCAGGCUCUCAUCACAACAUCCAGAUUCUAGACUCGGGAGAAAUCAUCAUAACCAUGCUACAAUCGGCUGAUACCGGAAACUACACCUGUCAAGUAGACAACGGAAUCGGAACCGAUCGACUGACGCACAAUCUGCUAGUUCAAGUUCCUCCUGGACCACCGGUCCUGUACGUAACCAGUGCUACCUCCAGCAGCAUUCUACUACAUUGGAAAAUCGGAUCAACGGGGAAUGCGCCAAUCACGGCGUUCUCCCUACACUACCGAAGGGUGCACGGAAACCUAGAAGAACUGCAAAUUUCCCGGCAUGCACAAAGUCACGAACUCAAGGGACUCUUUUGCGGAACUACUUAUCAGAUUUACCUAGUAGCUCACAACAAAAUUGGAUCUUCACCCGCCAGUACCACCUUAAAUCUACGAACCCAGGGACAGGCACCGGGUAUCCCGACGGCGGCUGCCCUGGUAGCUCCGAACUCCACGUCGGUUGUACUUCGGCUCAACGCGUGGCCCGACAACGGAUGUCCCAUCCUGUACUUCGUGGUGCAGUACCGUUCGAUGGCGAACAGCCUGGAUGACGAGUGGCACCUGGCGUCCAACGCGCUGAAAAUGCAACGAAGGUACACCGUAGCAGGGCUGCUGCCAUCGACGCUCUACCAGCUGAAGGUCGAAGCACACAACGUGGCUGGGUCGACGACUGCCGAGUACAACUUCGUGACGCUCACCAAGGAUGGAGAUCCGCCACCACCGGACCUCCUGCACCGGGGCCACCGUUCGCAGGUGUUCUACAGCAACAUCCAGCUGCUGAUACCGAUCAUCAUCACCAUCACGGCGACCAUCAUCUGCAUUGCGUUCACGGUAGUUUGCUACAAAUAUCGUGAGUAUAUUGUGUUGUUCUGUUUGGGUUACGGCUCUGAGCCGCCUCGUUACUUCCCAGGCCAGCGUGGUCGGGAGCGGAAGGACACGAUGGAAGGUAACCAACAGAGUGCGGACGCCCAGCGGGACCGGUACUAUGCCACGAUCCACAAAGUGGCACUGCAAGCCGGCGACAAGAUUCCAGAAACGUCCGAGGACAUUUCCCCGUACGCCACUUUCCAGCUGUCGGAAGCUAGUACCCUGGCUCAGCCCCACCAUAGCGGACCGGCCAACACACUGCUGCACUCCUUCAUGUACCACGAGCGUGCCAUGACCGAGGGAUGCGCGUCGCCACCCCCAGCAGCGGUACUGAGACAGCUUCAUAAUCAAUCGCCUUACUAUAAUAUUAAUUCAUCGAAAGGUCGUCGAAGACAUUCGCGUAAAACGGAGCCUGAAAGCGAAGAAUCCGACUCCGACCAGGACCAGCUAACGUCGAGUCGGACCGAGUCUUCGAAUCAGCUGGAUGCCAAGAUCAAGCAUAGUAAGGAAGAUCUUCUACAGCCAGCCGCCUGUGGGGAUGAUGAGCUCGUCUAUAACCAGCAUUUCAUGCGUUCCAUUCCAGGUCUCAUCUAUCAUGGCACGCAAUCGAGCACCUCAUCCGACCUGUCACCGAUGUCUGAACAAAAAUCACUACCUCGUCGUGGCAGAUCAAGGGGAACAAUGAGAUCCUUACUUACACCACUACAUUUACCCGACAAUACACCGGGAGGCGGCGGUCCGCUGUUCCACCAGGUGCCGAUCGAGAGCGGCACGCCGGACCGGCUGGAGCUGUCGGAGGCGGAGUGCGACAUCGACACGAUCAAGAAGCUGAAGCUGGGUAUGCGUUCGUCUCUGUGGUCCCGACCCCAGCAAAGCCAUAGUGUGGCGGCGGUGGCGGCGGCCCAGGCAGCAGCGGCCAACGGUGCCAGCGGGGGACCUGGCGGGGGUCCUGGCAGCCUCAGCACGGCCCAAGCUCCGGGCGGAUACCCGUCCGAUUACUCCAUUGCGGUUUAAAGGCAGUUUAAAGUUGGACAUCUGCGCCAAAUUCCUAAAGAAAAAAACUCAACUUUCUUCGCGCAAAAGUACUGGACGGCCAUGUUUGCAGGAUUUUUACGGACACUUUUUUAAGAUGACGAGUUGCUCGGUAUCAACUGAGCGACCCAUGCGAUCUCUCGGUGGGUCAAGCUGCCGAUACCUAUGAGGCUGACUAGCGCAAAACAGUUUUUAAACACACAAGGGUAAUGUUCCAAAUUUUACAAUCUACUUUACUGGGAUAGUGGAUCGAUGACUAGCACAGUUGAGAGUUUAUGAGUAGAAAGCUUUGGCUUAAGAAACAGUAACCAAUACAACUAUGUAACAUUUAUGAAACAUGUUAAAAUCCCAUUUCAAAGUUGUAUACAAAUUCCGUUGCGUUUGUAUAUUAUGGCUUAAACAGAUUUGCUCACUUGCAGAAAGAAAGGUUUGUCUACGAUUCUACGUGGUUAAUUCUCUUGAAAACGUGAGUUUUCGAACUUUAAAUUCUGCCAAGUGGCCACACAUACUUAUAUGAUUGGUUUCAUUGGAGUUUUUCAUACUUUAUGAAAUCACGGAGUCUUUUCCAAUUUCCUGAAAAAGUGUGGCAAAUCAAUACCAGCUCAAUUAAAAAUUAUAAUCAUGUUUACUUAACCCUUAUGUGGCCGGCAGGGUACCCGGGUACCCAGCACCCAUUUAAAAUACACGGUGUAGAAAAAAGCAAAAAAUUUGCCGGCCACAUAACGGUUAAUGCUCUUAUUUACCUUUUACUAGUAGAACAUGCAUUGUUAAGCACUUUUGAUUAUAUGGAUAAUUCUCGCUGAAACCGCUUUACUGGGUUUUAAAAAUUUUCUUGCUUAUUAGCUAGAAUAUGAUAAGUAAACAGGAAAUCGUGUUAAGUACUGUUCCUUUCAAUUCCACUGAGAAUAGGUAUCAUUUGACAGAUGCGUAUUUCGACCUCAACUGUAAGGUCGUCUUCAGUGUCUUAUACUUGACUCGACUAGAAUAUGAUAAAAAAAAAAUGAUAACUACUUUGGUUGGGUUAAAUCAAUUGACCACUCGCUUGCCAAGAGACUGAUAAGGUGACAAAACAUGACGAGUUUCCAUCGAAUUGCACAAUUUCUCGCGUGAUGUCUCGAAAAUUCAUAUUGUAACAUGUACAAAACUUUACAUUUAUAUGAAGGGAAAGUAUAGGGUAGUGGAUGUAUUUUGACCCGGGGUAGGUAUUUUGGCCCACCUUGGGAAUAUUAUCACAUUUAUCAUAUAUAAAUCUCUUCAAAAUAUUGGCAAAGGAUUAUUGAAAGUUCUAAAAAUAAUCUGCCAAGAUUUUGUAUAGAUUAUAUGAUAAAUGUAAUGAAAUUCCCAAGGUGGGUCGAAGUACCUGCCCCGGGCCAAAAUACGUUCACUAUCAAACCUUUCAUUUGAAGUUAAUUUUUUUUGGCAGCCAUCUUAGAUUUAGACGCUAUUUUGAAUGUUAUCAUUGAAUCUCGAUUUUACCUGUGUUUCCAAUCACUGAUUUCAAAUCUGAACUCUCCUUUAGAAAGCUAAAAGUCUAAGCUUUUCAAAAUAUUAAAAUAUUUAGGUGAGCAUUGACCGCAACAAUAAGAUCCAUUUUCCUCCAUUCCUUCCAUUUUCCUUCUCACGCGCGCAACUGAACGUGCAAUAACGGGAUCGAUGGAAUCGCGUGCAUGCGCGGCGAUUGCAAAAAAAUAUAUGGGAGAAAAGCUUUAGACUUUCAGAUUUCUAAUGGUGAGUUCAGAUUUGAAAUCGAUGGAUGCAAACACAGCUAAAAUAGCGAUUUAUAUUUUAUAAACACAUUACUUAAGAAUUUCAAAUAACUCAACGUACAUAUGUACAGAUGGGUAAAUUAUUGGUUAAAUUGGGAAAAAAUCCACAGCUCAGGUGAGAUUUGAACUCACGACCCUUAUUCGCUAGACAAGUGCUUUACCAACUAAACUACCGAGCCAAUUAAUGACCCGGCAACUUAGUUGUCAUAAGGUUCAAUUCUACACGGAGAAACUGAAAAACUCAAAUUUGAGUUAUUUUUCAUCUUCCUUUUCAUGCGCUCUUUCUAUUGUUGUCAGAGAGUGAAGAGAGAAACAACCCAACUUUUGCAGUUCAGUGCGUCAAGCCAACACUGAGUUUGUAGCACAGUACUCAAAUUUGAGUGAAUACAACCUAGUCAAAAUUUCGGUUGGGUGAAAAAAACUUAAAAUUAGGUAUUCUUUUCACAUGGAAGCAAGCGGGAACAACUCAACAAACAUUGAUUCCAUCAACUCAAAAUUGGCUUGACGCACGCAACCCCGAAGUUGAGUGGAAAGAACUCACUUUUGGGUAGUUUCGUCUCUCCGUGUAAUCUCAUCGAUCUAUAUCAUCUUCCCCUAAACCGCAAAUAUAACCAUCUCUGUUGUACAUAUGUACGAAGAGCGAAAGCGAUUUGUUUAUUGUUUGAAACUGUUUGCCUAUCGUACAGGCAACGCUUCCCCAACCACUUGUAGCGGAAGAACAAUGCUACCUGGAAGGCGAUCAAACGCGUCGUUCGCAUUCUGUUUGAUACGACGGAUAACUACGUAGAGGUAGAUGCUCGAAACGACUCACUCAAAGUGCAAAUUUUCGGUAAUACCAAUCCGUGUGGUCAAUUAUGAAUUUAAAAUAACUCAACGUACAUAUGUACAGAUGGGUAAAUUAUUGGUUAAAUUGGGGAAAAAUCCACAGCUCAGGUGAUACCAAGUUGCCGGAUCAUUACCCAAGUAACCAUGACGCUUUACAUAGAGCAUUAUUUUCGCUUUAUAGUGUAUUAUAUGACAUGCGAUAUAAAGUUGUUUUGUCAUAUAGGCACCAUUAAAGUAGGUUUAAAGUCGAAAGUGGCGCUACUAUUGUUGAUUUACAGCAAGCUUUACUGUGGUGAUUGCUAAAGCAUAUAAAAUGCUUGUACCUUAUAGCUAAUGCAAUCAAAUCGCAUGGAAUGCACACUUAAUGCAUCAUGUCAAAAAAGAAAAAAAGUAUGUUUAUCAUUUUUCUAUCUAUUUUUAUCUUCCGAUACUCUCACUUUGAUGUUUUUUAUUGUAUUUCGGGAAUUGAACCUAGACUGCUGAAACUGACCACGAUGAAACUCGGACGCGCUAAUGCUGUGUGCUACGAUACCAUGUAUUUUGCACCUGGAAAAAUGUGCAACAUAAAGUAAAGUAUACUUAGCUAGUGCCUUAUUGAGUUGUGUUUUCAGCAACUCUAAAAAAUGUGCCGGGGUCUGAAUGCCAUCAGUUAUGUUACUCUCGAAUAUAAAUUCGUCUGUGUUGAUUCUGUUUUUUUUUUGUUUUCAUAUGUGCUCACUUCUACCUAAAAUACAAUAAAUAAGAAACAAUACAAACAGUGCUUCAAUUCUUCCUUUUAUGAAAUCGGGUUAAACAAGGAAAUCGAUACCCCACAUAAUUUUUGUUCCCUCAGCAUCUGAUUAUUUUCAUGUCCCAACCAGAAACCCAAAAAACCAUACAUAAUAUAAAUUUUUACACAGCAACAUCAGAGCAUGAUAAUCUAAGUGCUCCGCAGCAAUCCAUGAAAAUUUUGGUUUGUUUUGAAUGGUUCUGUUUCUAAAAGUAUUUUACAGUUUUUUUUUCGAACUGAGCGAUAUUUUUCUGUUUACAACGAUGGAAGCUUUAGUAAAGGCACAUAUAAAGUAAUAAAUGCUUGCAUUAUUGAUUGCUAUAAAGCUUUUAACAUGGUAAUGCAAUGAAGCAUUUAACAACGGCUCUAUAGAACUAUACAGAACUGUCAAAAUCUCGUAAUGCUUCAAUGCUUUCAUAAUGUAGAUUAAACGCUUCAUUACUUGACAGAUGUAAAAUAAAAGUUAUGUUGCAUUAGCUAAACUAUAAUACGAUGGAAUUAAUGUUAUGAUAUAAUGCUUGUGGUUACUUGGGAUGUUAGUCAGAUGCAGUGCUGAAAAUGUCAUUUUGCCAUAUCUAAAUUCAAUCACCUACAGCUCAUUUUAGAAGCUGAACCUGAGAAUAUGGCAUAUGAAAAACAUGUGCGGCUAUACAAGUUCUGCAAGAAAGUCACGGAAAACCCGCUAUUUUUUGAAAAUUUAAGAUGAAUGUCAUGGACUACCUUCGAAAAAUGACAAUGAAAUUUACGGACGUUGAGAUUAUUGUAAAGAUGAUGCGACAUACCUCACGAACUGUCCCAACUGCCUAAUUUUAGACGUAAUGAAAGAAUUAUAGUUCUGAACUGCGAAAUUUAAAGAAAGAUAAACAGCUUUUUUGAACUUUUUGAAUCUUGAUACUCCAAUGGAAGCAUUUACAAAACUAAUUUUCGAUUAUUGUAUGUUGCUUUCAUAACAAAACACGCUGCCAACUUCCAGUCGGCAUUUCUGAAUCAUCGCAACGAAUCAAGCACCAUCUCUGCUGCUGUUUGUGUUAGUGAAAUCAGAGAAACGUCAGACUCCCGUCUGCUGAUUGGCUGCGGCGACUCUGGCGACGGUUUCAUCCGCGACGGAUUGAAAUCGUCGCGAUCGAUAAGGGGGAAAACCGUCAAUAUUGUUCCCAUUCGUAAAAUGCAAUCCCUCAUGGGGUAAGAUAUCUCUCAAUAUGUACGGAGCUAUAAAAAAAGACUUAGGAAACCUAAUGUAAAAAAUAUAUAAGAACGGGAAGUUCUCAAAAAUUCUUUACAAAAGAAAUUUGUAAACAAAUCACUAUCUCGCAGACAUUUGGAUUGGCAUAAUACUUAAACGACCAUGCGCCUCCAUGUGCUUCUCUAUCUUCUUGAUAACAGUUGAUCUGAGAUGGUCAAGAAAACGGAGAGACGGUUUGAAAAAAGGGCACCCGCUUACGCGCACAGCCUACUUUGAAUCACGUGGUUCAUGGAAGGCCAUAAAUUUGACCAUACCUAGAAAUAUUUUUAAGGAAGGAUUGCUCCACAACACAAACCUACCAAUGUCUCUGAGUUUAUGCAGUUAUGUUGAUACUAAUAACUACGAUACAUGUUAUUUAUAUUAUUAUUUAUAUUUAUAUGUAGGGGAAUCACUAAACAGUGUAAACUGAUUAAACGUCGCAAUCACCAAGGCAAUCUUUGAUUAUUUCAUUCGCAAUUUCAUGAAACAUUUCCAUAAUCAGAUAAUCAUGGCUCAGCCAGUGAUUUAAUCUGUUUAGUGAAUACCACUAUUAUUUUUGUUGGUUUGUUGUUGAAAUACACUACUGCAAAUUUUAGCUUGAGCAUCAUCACUAAACUCAUACCUGUGCUAGUCACCAAUAUCACUAUCCAAAAAGUUAAGUUCUAGUCUAAUCAAAUACAAAAGCCAACGGAUACAGACCAAUCAACUGAAGGUGAAAAUACCGGUGCCAAAAAAGUAACACUGCGAGUACCAAAAUCAAAACACUCAUACAAAAGUAUAACGGUACGCAAUCUCACUGGUCGAAUAUUGUUUAUGGAAAAUUCGACCAUAAGAAGAUAAAGAUCGUUAUGUGGCCCAAUCGGCACCCCAACCAUGAGUGGUUAUUAGUAAUCAAAAUUAUUUAAGUGAAAAUUGUAGAUAAACUUUUAUACUCUAUAAAACGAAUAUAUACAAAUGUUUUGGCGUCGCGUGGUGCAACGAAGCUAGGCGACUUUCUCUGUUUUCACCUUGUUAACAACGUCACGUUUUCUUUUAUACCAACAAUGAUGUUCGAUUGUGGUUUAUUACUUUUCUACAAAGUAAUUGCAAUUGUACUUCCCAAACGCCAUGUGCUAAUGUGUGUAAUAUUAUACUUUUUCACUUUUGUUUUUUACUGAGGAUCUACUACUGUCAACCUGAAACGAUUCCUAGUGGAACCCAAUUCAAUAGAUAUAAUGUAAGUUAGAACUAUCGAGCGUUUGUUUUUCUAUGGAUUCCCAUUCUUUUUAUAUUGUACUAGUUUAUUGCCGAUUGUGUCGAUUAGACAAAAAAAAAGAACAAAGUGACACAAACUUUAACGAUACCUAUAUUUGCUAGGAUUUUGUAUCUAUGUACAAAGACUGAAUUUUCAUUAAAACAUCUUAAGCUAUUAAAGAUAACAACAGGAAAGAAAGCAAAAAAACGUAUUAUAGAAUUAUACUAGGCAAAGGAAAGUGCAUCUGUCAAAGAAUGCAAACGUCAAAUGUAGUCAAUCGUAGCAAUCGCCGAAAGAACAGAAAUAAAAAAACGAAAGAUAAAUGGAGAAAUCCGGGUAAAGCAGCAUGCGUGUGUGUAUACCAAUCAAAUUUACAAAAUGGCCGACAACUAUAUGGCCUCACCUAGUCAGCAAAUCAGCAAACAACGGUUUAGUAACAAUUUUUAAAAUAUUUGAUAGUUUGUAAAGUUAAGUAGUUAAAUAUUAAGCAUCCUGUUUUACCCGCAGCUUUUGCGAACUGUAAACAAAUUUUGUUACAUUUGACGAUUAUUCUAAGCAGUUACGGCGAUCAGUUAGGCACGAUAUAAACGCAUUCCACAAAACAACCGUUUGGUUACAGUGCAUAAAGAAACAGGAAUUUGAUUACUGACGAAUAACCAAACGCAGCAGAAAAUUAACUACUACAUACAAGCUAGCCGAACAAACUACAAAUGAAAUAGAAACAAUUUAUGAAUUAUUCCAUCAACGAACUGUACGAAUUUAAUGCAAUGAUACACAAAACCAUACACAUUAGAUGCAAGAAGUAUUGUUUUCACACGAUGAUUUUUUGAAAGAAUCAUAUUGCAAGACGAAGAAAUUUCAUCAAACUGAAAACCAACUGUGUAAACAAGAUUCCCAAAAUCAUAGUAAUGACAAGUUAUCCAAUAACGAUACAGUGUUUAUGAGGCAAAAUAAUACUUUGUGAUAUGUGUAAUCAAAUUACUACUAAAUACAAGCAAACCAUCAGUUACAUGACUCACAUAAGAUAACCAACGUGGAAGAUGAAACAAAAAAAAUCAUUAGCGCAGCAAAUCCAAAAAUUAGCAAGCAAACCAGUUUUAUUGAAAACAUUCAAAUUUGUUUCGAUUCAAUCCUAACCCAGUCAAAAACUGCUCAUAUUUCAAAAAGAAAAAGUCAAAAUCAAGUGUAAACGUAGCAAAUUUCUCACUAGCAACGCACCUUGAAAUAGAAAAAUACCGACGCACACAAAAACAACUUUUCAACACUAACACACAAGAACACUUUCUUACACAAACAUACAAACAUUCAGAAUCACUACGCAGAGACUACUGACAACCAUACACACAAAACGUUUCGGCAUAUACGUUUCGGCCAGUUUGUAAAUAAAAGAGGAAACCCAAAAAAGAAACACAAAACGGAAACAGAAAAGAGUUCAAAAUUUGACGCAAAAUUCACCGAUAAAAGCAUACCGAAAAACACAAACAAAAUCAGCAAAUAAGACAUAACUGCCCUUUUUGAAGCAAAACUAAUAAAAAAUGUUUACCAUCACAGAGAGGAAUUUCACUAUUAGAAGCACCGAGGUGAAAAGAUAGUAACAAAAGAAAAAAGAAUCCACCAACACCCGUCACGUUAGGAGCAAAUAAACAAUUACAAAGCCAAACUUUAUUUGAAAAGAAAUGUAACGUCUGGAAACUAAUAGAAGAUCCUUCACAUCUUCAUGUAUCGAAAAGAAUGAUGGACAUGGAACGCAAACGAGUAGGUACGAUGCAAUAAAACUAAAACACAAAAGAGAUACAAAGAAUUAUGAAUCUGUACAGGAAGAGCGGAACAAAGACAUGCAACUGAGGAGUGUGACAAAAAUUAAAAAAAAAACAUACGGAAGUUAGUUAGACUUGUAUAGUUGUGAACUGUAGAAGAUGAAAUCGGAACUUGUACACACAUACACUGUACCGACAAGAGCGCAAAAGCCAAGGCGAAAAUGUUAAUGAAUGAAAAACAAAUGUACUAUUUAUAUUUAAUAUGAGUAUUCUGGAAAAAGGCAGAAACCCGAAGAGAAACAAAGUAAUGUUGCAUUUGAGUAAACGAAUUGUUUUAGUUGAUACUGACACCCACAGAUGAUGAACAAACAAAAAAUCAGAUGAAAUGGUAAAAGAAUAAUGGCAUUUUCCAGUGUUGACAUAACAAUCGUUACUCAGAGUAUAGAGAUGAAAUAAAAAAGUGCUACACUAAAUUGAUGAACUUG